GGACGGCAAAUGAAAUACCGUCCACCCCUGGUCACGGCGUCCACCGGCAAUGGCCGCCCGCCGGGGAGCUCGGAGGGGCCGACGGACGCGAGGAAGAGCAGCGCCUUCCUUGGACGGCGAGAGCGCGUUCCUCCACUGCCGGAGUUGGCACUGAGCACCGCGCCGCGCCGGCAGUGCUGCUCGGCCAUGCGCGAGGCGCGGCACUGGCGACGCGGCCACCACAAGUGCCACACGCCAUUGGAUGGAGAAGGGAAGGGCGCUGCCGCUGCCGCUCGCAGUUACACGGCACGGUCGCCCCCUCGCAUGCUGGCACAUCUGCGUCGUGGUGGACGGAGAAGCCGAGAGCGGUGGCACCUGCCACCUGGUGUGUCCACGACUCAACGUACGCGGCGGCAUCGCGACCACCGUGUCGGCGUUGAACGCGGCGACAACCGCGGCCGAGGGGAGCGGGGGAAGGCCGGCUGUCAUGUCCUCAUCUGCUUCACGGCGCAGAGGAUGGGCGCCGCGCCGAUUGCCCGUUGCCACUCCGAGUGCAAACCAUACAAAUUAUCCAGAGGAUGGGCGGCGGGCGCGCCUAGGGCAGCGCCGAGCGGCGCUGCCUACCCGGUGAGGAGAGGGAUGCUCAGUCAGGCGCUGCUUCUCCUCGCUUCCCUCGUCCCCUCUCAGCUCUUCAGCUAGCGGCCAUGGCCGCUGGACGCCGCCAAUCUCGGUGCGCCGGGAUCAGGGGUGGACGGUAUUUCAUUUACUGUCCACCCCGGAUACCCUGGAGCCGUCCAAUCUGCAACUUGCGGUUGAGAUUGAAGGCCGGGGAGACCCGAUUGGAAGGCUGGUCGUUGUGCGCCAUGGACCCAUGUUCCGGGACUGUCGCGCGCUGAUGUCGCCGAGAGGGAUGGCUUCCGCGCCGCCGCCGGCGUCGCCGGCGGAGAAGGCAUAUGUGGCAGCCUCUGUAGGUCAUUGCCGGAGGAGCACGACCUCUCAGGGCUGAGCCAUGCUCCAGGAUGCUUUGUCUUCGCGGCACGCGGCCUCGCGCCCGGCCAAGCACAACCAGUCACCACGACGCGCCGCGCCGGGGCUGCUCGCAACCCAGGCCGCCUUCUCAACCAGAAUGACUACAGCGCGUGCAUCUCCAGGUGUUUAACCUCACAAAUCGUCAUGUAUGUCAGUCUGUGUCGGCUCAAUCCGUUCACUGAAGCUGACGGUCUGUACUUACGGAGAUUGGUCGCCCGGGUUUGGUCACUAGUGAACAUGGCGGUCAAAGAACAGCUUCCCAAUCAGUCCGACAUGCAGUGCAGACCAUCGCCAUGACCAUGUCACCAUGGUGUGCUGGACAAAGGUGUAGAACGGGUUCAUAGCAGUUUUUGGUCGAAACUGAACCUGCCAUGUCAGUUUGGUUCCGACGUGCUUAGUCAAGAACAUUGGAUAUGCGUGCAAAUAAAAAGCUCUCUAGUCUUCAAAUUAUUGGUAGUAGUACAGCCUUGAAUACAACUGUAAUGCUUUCCAUAUGCAAAUGACCUACGCGGUUUCAACUGUUGUCCCUUCAUGUGAAAAUGGCAUGAUAUGUGCAUAUUAUUCUGAACAGUCUGAAUGUAGGGUGUGCUAACUGAAACUCGGCAUGCCGUUGCCCUUUUGCCUACCUUGCAAUCCCUGAAGGAAUUUUGGGUUUGACUAUCUCUUUGUUUACAUGUGCACAACUUUUGUAUAACUGUAGUUUAUUUACAAAUUACGAGGAACCUUUCCCCCUAUAACCCUAUUGGAAUACAAUUUCCACCUAAGAUCAGAAGAAGCUUUCUUAAUACAGUAAAAAUGAAAUUCAAGGUUGCUAUUGUUGGGAAUGCUAAACUCAAAAGUACAGUUGCACCUAACAGGCUAAUAAUACAAUAUUUUGUCCAUUCCCAUAACACGGGUUCUGAGAUUAAUUAGUUGGUUCAGUUUCAUAUAUUGCUUCUUAUGUUGGCAAGGGGGAUUUGACUAGGAGUAGAAUUCUCCAUGAGUCCUUCACUAACAAAGGUUUGGACUACCUAACUAGAACAGUACUUUUUUUCAGUGUAACACCUAACAACCACUGAUGGUGACUUUUUUAUCAUAUUCUUGUUCUUGUGGUCAUCACUCUGCGGCAACAAAUUCUGCUGGUACCUAUUGGGAUUUUGGUGUUAUUUUGUACUGAUUUGUAUGUGCGUCAUGCUUCCUGUACUUGAUUUAUUUGCCCAUGCAGUAGUCUUAUACGUUCUAAAAAAGAACAUAUUUUCCAAGAUUUCAGCAGUCCAAUUUGAAUUUUGUCUUUGGAUACACUUUGAUAGGUAAGCAGGCUGCAGAUCAUAUUCCUACUUCGUUUGAGUGAGCGUAGCUUUUGCUUUCUACUGUAACGAACAUGGAGACUUUCAACAGCAAUGCACAAUAACCACAUUCCUACCAAACCAAAAAGUGAAUGAGACAGAUGGUUUGCUUCUUUUGUUCCUUUUUCCCAUCGAGUUUGCUCAUCUAACCUUGCACGAUAUCCCCAAUCAGGCCCUGUGCUGCCUAUUUUGUUGCUGGCUCCUCGAGAAUCUGUUCAACAAACACUACUUGUUUUAAUCCAGAUGCCUGAACUAACAUAGGAAGAGUAGAAGGUUCAUUAGGUCAGAUUGAGAAGAAUAUAAGUAUAGUGGCAACAAAGAGAAUCUCCUUACUAUUUCGUGCGCCAGUUUGUAGUCUGUAGCUGAAGAUUUAGCCCAAGAUGGCCUGUGAGAAGAAGAGUGUCAGCAGUUUUGCCGUCAAGGUUGGAUUGGUACUUCUUGCGGGAUGCAUUCUUGCGCCGAUUUCACUUGCGACAAUGUUCCGGCAUUAUGCAGUUCCUCUGCAAACAUUGAGCUUAUUGUUUUCAGUAGGUUCUGCUUCUUCAGUAAUGUGGGGAGGGGAAAGCAUUGUCUCUCAUCGUUCAGGCAGAAACGAAGGGCCCGUGCUGUGCGACUUUUCGAGCUCGAGAUCAGACGUGUGCGAGCUGAAAGGCGACGUCCGCGUCCUCCCCAACGCCACCAUCGUGCUCCACCAUCCCCUGGCGAGGCGUCAAUCAUGGAGGAUGAAGCCGCACGCCAGGAAGAACGACCGCCACGCGCUCGCCCGCGUCACCGAGGUGACGGUCGCGUCGUCGCACGCCACCGACCACGCUGCUCCCCGGUGCACGGCCAACCACACGGCCCCGGCCGUCGUCUUCUCGGUCGGCGGCUACGCGGGGAACAUGUUCCACGACCUGACCGACGUCCUCGUCCCGCUGUUCAUCACCACGCGCCUGUUCGGCGGCGACGUGCACCUCCUCGUCAGCGACGCCCAGCCGUGGUGGCUCGACAAGUUCCGGCCGCUGCUCCGCGGGCUCUCCCGCCACGGCAUCGUCGACAUGGACAGAGGAGGCAGGGGCGUGCUCUGCUACCCGCAGGUGGUCGUCGGCCUCGAGUUCCACAAGGAGAUGAGCGUCGACGCCGCGAGGACCGCCGGGGAGUACUCCAUGGCCGACUUCGCCCUCCUCGCCCGGCGAUCCUACGGCCUCACUCGGGACACGGCAAUCCGGCUCCACGGCCGCAGCGACGUCGACCGCUCCUCCGGUUCCCGCCCCAGGCUGCUCCUCAUCUCCAGGAGGUCGACCAGGGCGUUCACCAACGUUGGCGCCAUCGCGCGGGCCGCCACCGCCCUGGGGUACGAGGUGGUGGUGGGCGAGCCGGCGCGGCACGCGGAGCUGCCGUCGUUCGCGCGGGUGGUGAACUCGUGCGACGUGCUGGUGGGCGUCCACGGCGCCGGGCUGGCGAACCUGGUGUUCCUCCCGCCGGGCGCCGUGGUGGUGCAGGUGGUGCCGCUGGGCGGGCUGGACGCCAUGGCCGCCGAGGACUUCGGCGCGCCGGUGCGCGACGCGGGGCUCCGGUACGUGCACUACCGCAUCGCCGUGGCGGAGAGCACGCUGGCGAGGCGGUACCCGCGCGACCACCGCGUGCUGAGGGACCCCGCGGCGGUGCGGCGGGAGGGGUGGAUGGCGCUCCGGGCGGCGUACCUCGUCGGCCAGAACGUGACGCUCGACGUCCGCCGGUUCGGCGGCGCCCUGCGACGCGCCAUGGAGCUGCUCCGCUAGACGGACGUCCUCUAGUCCUGGUCUCCUGGGCCAAGGACAAGGACCGCACGCUGCGGAGGAACGGGUCUCAAGAACGACACCAUCGAGAUCUUCAACGCCUCAACGGCACCGUCACCGGCGGCGCCUGACGCGAUGAUCAGGUUAUUCGAUCUGCACUCCUGCGUUGAGAUUUCAGGAGUUAUUCUCUGUGGUUCUGUUUCGAUUUGGCUACUCGAUGAAUGGCCGGCUGACAGUGAUGGAACCAUCAUAUAGUACGUACGUGUAUGUAAACUCAGAGAAGAAUGUAAUGCAGUACAGAAGCAUGCUAUAGGUUGAAACGAAAACUGAAGUUUCGCAAUCCACUUCGCUGACAAGUUCAGACUUUGUCAA